ACUGGGACCCUCCAGACCCCAGUAAUGGAGUUUUGUGUUUCCUCUGCAGAUCAGACUUUCAUCCCUGCUCUCAGUGGGGCUCCUCCUUCCUCCACCCCACUCCUACACCUCCCGCUCCUCUAUCUCCAAGUCUCUCUCUGCUCCUGCAGCUGAGCAGCUUUCAGUGCUCGAUCGAAGCCCUGAGCUGCAGCAGGGACCUGGCAUGUGCCCGGUGUGGCAGGAGCCCGUUGCAGUGCAUUGGGGUGUGUUGGAGCAUCACCUUCGCAGCUCCCACAGGAUGUCCGGGCACAGAACCCAGUGCAGAUGUUGCAGCCUUCAACUGAGCCACAUGGUGUGGCCAUGCCUUUGAGUUCUGCUCGAGGCAAAGCUCCCUGGGAGCUCUGCUUUUCUUGGUUGGGUUCAGAUUCCUGCAAAAUGGGUGGAAAAAAAGCCCAAAGAAAUGGCAGUGGCUAUGUGCAAAGCCACCAUUCAUUUCCACAGCCACACCCCACCGCGCCCUUCCAGAUCAGGGCUCAGUGCACAGCACUGCUGUUCUUUCAGUGGAAGAUGCUGGGUUUCAAGGGCGUUUGCAUUAAAAAGAAGAGGGAAAAAAACCAAGCCCUGUGUAGGGCUGCAGACUUAAGCAACAGGAAGGAAAUCUGGUGGUUUAUUUCAGUCUGCAGACUGCUCGGUGGGGCAAAGCAGACUCUUCCGUGCGCUGAUAGCGGCGACAGCCCCUCUGCCAGCAAUGGGACCAGGAGUCAGCAGGACCCUUCCCAGCAGGAAAAAUCCGCAUUCCAUAAAAUCUCCCACUGGGAGCUGAUUGCAUCCUUGGGAUGCAGGAGCUUCCCCCCAGGACCAAUGCAGAAGCAGAGCCUGUGACUGCAGUUGACUGUUUUAGAGGAGUGGGUGCUUCCUAUAUUUUCAGGGCUCCGUGGGUGGAGUUUGCACUUGGUCGUUGCCUGUGGUUGCCCAACAAAGAGCUCAGGCGUGGGAAUCUCUGUUUAUAUGGGCACUGCUCCCACUCAGCAUCCUGCAGCACUGGGAGCAUUCAGGGCACAAAGCCCAUUGUCAAGGGGGCGGCUCAUGGCCUGGGAUUGGGGCUGGGGCCAUGCAGUGAGCCCGGGACAUUGGCUCAGCUCUGGCAGCACCACAUGUAUGGGGCCACUGGCACUCAGUGAGUUUUGUGAAAGCAGUCUCUGUGCUUUGUCACUUCUGUCUCAGUUUGAAGCUCAUGCUAGCAAAAAUCAAUGCUUUUGCAUUGAAAGAAAUACCUACAAAGCACCACAUUUUUCCUAAGGGCUGUACAUAGCACCAGAUGUGGCAUCUUGUGCGGUGCCGGGGUGAUGGCUCCAGUACUGCUUGCUCAUUUCAUGUCCUUCCAGUCUCAGCUGUGUGCAGAGCCAGAGAGGUGCCGGGAGCUGGGCUCAGCCCAUGGGGUGACCACCACAAGUGUUGAGCAGAAACCAUCCUCUCCUCUCCAUAUCCAAUGUAUUCUCACUCUGGCAGCGUCCUUUAGCUUCAGUAGCUCUUUUCCCUUCAUGAUGAAGAGAACCAACAGUGAUGUAUUUAUAGAGCAAUCCCUUCCCUGCUCUCGUUUUGCCAUUCUGACUGUGCUGCAUGCAGAUAAUUGCAUAAGCAACCUGCAUCUCCCACCCAUCCUCGCACAGGAGCAGUUGUCACCACGCUGGCCUGCAUAUGGCUGCGGUGAGUGACUCAGCCCCACCUGGGCCGUCCCUGGCUCAACCUACAGGAAAUGAGUCAGGUUGUAAGGAAGCAUUAAAGCAAUGGGGCAGGAGCCCUUUCUGCGGAGGGAAUAGCACAGCGGUGAUCAUGGGAGAUAGAAGAAGGGUGAGGGUCUCGCAGGUGGUACUCAGAGAUGGACACCUUCAGCACCAAGAGCUUGGCCCUCCAGGCCCAGAAGAAGCUCUUGAGCAAAAUGGCUUCCAAGACCGUGGCCAAUGUCUUCAUUGACGACACAAGCAGUGAGAUCUUGGACGAGCUCUACCGAGCCACGAAGGAGUACACCCACAAUCGCAAAGAGGCCCAGAAGAUCAUCAAAAACCUCAUCAAGAUUGUGAUGAAGCUGGGCGUGCUGUACCGCAAUGGGCAGUUCAGCCCUGAGGAGCUGCUGGUGAUGGAGCGCUUCCGCAAGAAGGUGCACACCUUGGCCAUGACAGCGGUCAGCUUCCACCAGAUAGACUUUACCUUUGACCGCAGGGUCAUGUCGAGUGUGCUGAUGGAGUGCCGGGACCUCCUGCACCAGGCUGUCAGCAGCCACCUGACGGCCAAGUCACACUCCCGCAUCAACCACGUCUUCAACCACUUUGCAGACUACGAGUUCCUCUCAGCCCUCUACGGGCCAGCCGAGCCCUACCGCACCCACCUGAAGAGGAUCUGCGAAGGUGUCAACAAGAUGCUGGAGGAGGGCAACAUAUGAAGCCAUUGGCAGCAACGUGACUUGGCAUCCCAUUACCAGCGAGCCUGAGGACAGGAGGUAUAGCCACUUUGGUGAUGACGGGGCUUCGUCCUCUUCUCUGUGAUGCUAACUCUCUCAUUUUCUCCUCUUUAUGUAAAAGACCGAACCUCCUGACUUUGUCGAUCCCUUGUCCAGGAUCUGCAAACCUUGCCCCUGGCUGAGUACUUUGGAGGCACUCUGGGGCUUCUGGCUCCCUGGGCUACUGCUGUACAUUUUUGGUUUUGCUUUGCCCUUAAAGUGCUCUUAGCUCUGAGUCCAAGGAACUGGCCACAACUGGAUUCUCCACUUUGAACUUGAUUGUAAUCCUUCUAUAGAAAACAAACCAAAGACUGGCAGUGUGCAACACCAAUCCAAGCAGAUGGGCAGCUGCUUGGUGAGCAGGUGUGAUACCAUUAUAAUGGCUCUAUUUUGGCAAGGUUCCAGAAGCUCUAUGACACACUGGGAGCAAAGCAUGCUCCAGGCUUACAGUGCCCAGCUUAUGAGGGUACUUCUGUGCCUUGCAGGCUGGAAGGGGUUUUGGCCUCCCAAGGACAAGUCCUGGUGACCAGAAAGAUCCCCAAUUGCAUGGGUGAGCAGUGGUCCCUCAGGGCUGGAAGCACCCCGGUGGCCCCGUAUUCUCCUUCAUCCUGGGCUCAGCUGGGAUCCCCCAACAGCCUCCUGUGGACAGUAUCACUGUGAUCACUCAGAUGCCUUCCUAUGUCACUAUCCCGAGUAUUUCAUGUAUUUGACGUGUCCUCGAGUGAGUUCUGAUUGUUAUUUUUUACAAAACUCUGUAGCCCUGAUGAGUUAUUUAAAUAAACUCAACCGGUUUGGCUUGGUU